UUUCCAACGCUCGAGCGAAAGAGACAAGAUGGGCCAUCAGCAGCUCUAUUGGAGUCACCCCAGAAAGUUCGGUCAGGGAUCCCGAUCCUGCCGGGUAUGCUCGAACAGACACGGUCUGAUCCGUAAAUACGGGCUCAACAUGUGCCGUCAGUGCUUCAGGCAGUACGCCAAAGACAUCGGCUUCGUCAAGCUGGACUAGAUGUCUUUUGCUGACACGUCCUCAGAUGGGUCAAGGGAUCUCUGGAUGGCCGGCCAAGAUGGGAUAAUUCAGCACUGAAAAUAAAUGGUUUUUUUUUUGCCCAA